CGGAGCUUUGGAUCUCCAUGGACACGGCUUCUCCUAGCAACCUGGCGGGCGUUGAGCAGAGCCGCCUGCGCGAUGGACGCGGAAAGCCUCCUGCUGUCACUGGAGUUGGCGUCUGGCAGUGGGCAGGGCCUUAGCCCAGACCGUCGGGCCUCGCUGCUCACUUCUCUUAUGCUGGUUAAACGCGACUACCGCUUCGAUCGGGUCCUCUUCUGGGGCCGCAUCCUCGGCCUGGUCGCCGAUUACUACAUCGCUCAGGGCCUGAGCGAGGACCAGCUCGCACCGCGCAAGACCCUGUACAGCCUGAACUGCAUGGAGUGGAGCCUCCUGCCCCCCGCCACAGAGGAGAUGGAGACACAGACGUCUGUGGUGAAGGGCCGCUUCAUGGGAGACCCCUCCCAUGAGUACGAACACACGGAGCUGCAGAAGGUGAACGAGGGUGAGAAGGUCUUUGAAGAAGAAGUAGUGGUCCAGAUCAAGGAAGAGAAGCGCUUGGUGUCUGUUAUUGACCAGAUCGACAAGGCUGUGGCUGUCAUUCCCCGAGGCGCCCUCUUUAAGACCCCUUUUGGACCUAUCAAUGUCAAUCGGACCUUUGAAGGACUGUCCUUGUCCGAAGCCAAGAAGCUGAGUUCUUACUUCCACUUCAGGGAGCCUGUUGAGCUGAAGAACAAGACAUUGCUGGAGAAGGCUGAGCUCGAUCCGUCCCUAGACUUCAUGGACUCCUUGGAGCACGACAUCCCCAAAGUUCCAGGGGACUGUGGCUGUGGACUCCUGGAGCAGAGAGGGACUCCCCAGAUGCUGCUGCGGGGACUGGCACGGGGAGCUGACAGGGGUUACCUUCCGGGGGUCUGUGUUCUGACCAGAAGCUGCAUACGGUGUACUGGGAACACUUUGUUCUGUCACACCCCCUCUCCUGUUACCCCUGGGCCAUCUGUUUUCUGGAAUGAAUGACUAGAAGAGCAACAGGCUAAGUCUCCAGAACCUGCAGGCAGGUUUAUGAGGUGGAAGAUCUCAGGGAUCCAGAGAGGCAAGCUGCAGGAGCUGGGGGAGAUACUCCCCACUUCUCUGACCACCCCCACCCUGCCGGGAAGUGCCCCAACCAGAGCUCUGGGAAUCCAGGGACACUCUUCUUUCUCGACGCUAUCUGGCUGGCACUGAGGGGCCGGGGGUCAGGCCGACACUGUGGCUUCUGCCUCAUCACCUCACUCUUGGCUGGCGGUACUUGGUGCAGGCCCCUGCACAGUGCUGAGGUGGCCCCUACGUGGGCACCCCUCAAGCAGGUCAGGGCCAGCAGACUACAUACACCCCGAAAGCUCUAGCUGUGACCUGGGCAGGUGCUGGAGCCCUGAGACGGGCUGAACUGCCAUCAGGGCUAAGGGUGCCUGAUGGUCAGGUCUCCUGGAUUCAGGGUGGCCUCUGGUGGGUGGGGCCUGAGCUCCAAGGCUGCUGGGUGUGGAGUGAUCGGGGUGGGCCAUGGUUGGAGGCAGCCUGGGGGCAGUGGCGCAGCGGGAGCCAGGCAGCCGGGCUGGGCUGGCAGCUGAUGAAGGCCUCGGCGCAGUUCUCAGUGCAUCACUGGCUGGUCCAACACCAAAACCUUCAAAGCAUUUGCCUUUCUGGCAGGGGCUGGGGCAGAGCUGCGGCUGGGCUGGGAGAGGCCUCGGCGCAGGGGAAUAGAAGCUCCAGAUCUGCAUCCAGGGGCGAUUUUCCCAGGCUCCUUCCUCCCACACAGCGGCUCCCUCCCUUGGUUCUGGAGCUGGAUCGGGCCCUUCCCGCCAAGUCCUCGUGGCUGUACAACUCAGCCCCAGGCUGGGCUGCUCCCGUCUGGGGAGCAAAAACCAGGGCAGAACCCAGGACAGACAAAGGCUCAUUAGCUGCAGCCCAAGUCCCCUCCCACCAAGGACGGCUCUCAGUCUACCGGCUGCCAGAAAAGGGCUAUUGAGCUGGAGGCCUGAAAAGGCCACACUUUUAUGUGAGCCUGGGCAGGUCUCAUCCAUCUCAGAGUGAAGCUGCUGGGCCUGGAGCAAAAUUUUGCAAGAGAGGUGAAGCGCAAGAGGACGGCAGGCCACCAGCGAGCCCGAGUGCAGGGAGAGAGGGGCCUGGCGUCUCCCCGCCGAGCCCCAGCCCUGCUCCGCCUGUGCAUGGGGACCCAGCUUCCUCCCCCAUGCAACCUGUCACUGGACUUGCUGACAGGAAUAAAACGGACUGCUUUGAGUUCCACCUCUUUUCAUUUCCUUCGCCCUCCCUCUGGAAGUGGCUUUAAUGAGCAGUGAAAUGGCUCAAAGGCAAUCAGGAGGAGUAAAGGGCCGGGAUAAUUAAAUUGUCUUCCUCUUUCCCAGUGGAACCUUAAUGCUCAGGCCUGGCUGCCUGGAACUGGGGUUUCUGCACCCCCGGCCGGGCUCUGCCUCCAUGAUGCCCAGGCCUUGCCCUCUGCUGCCUCUUCCCCAACCCCCAGGGUCCUGGAGUGUCCAGAUGGAGAGGGGCAAUGCCCUGGUGGUGCUGCGCAGCCUGCUCUGGCCCGGCCUCACCUUCUACCAUGCUCCUCGCACCAAGAACUAUGGCUACAUCUACGUGGGCACCGGCGAGAAGAACCUAGACCUGCCCUUCAUGCUGUAGGCGGGCCGCCCAGAGGGUGUGCAGAGUCUGAAUAGUAUUUUCAUAAAGGUGGUAAAUCUGG